CUCAGCAGAGCGGAGCUGCUUCCAGACUCUGAACCUGAUCAUGGACCUGAUGAUGAUGAUGAUGAUGGUGGUGGUGGUUCUGGUCUGUGCAGAGACUGAGAAGGUGACGGAGGUCAGAGGAGAGCUGGGAACAGAUGUGACUUUAAACUGCAGCAUCAGGGAUGGAGACGUCUACUGGUCCAUGAUGAUCCACAGUCAGCUGAAAGUACAGAUUGGACGGAGUUUUUCUCCAACAAAAACCAGAUACUGCUCUCCUGAGUUAGAAACCAAAUAUUUAGUUCUGGGUAACAGACUGGAGAUUAAAAACGUGACAGCAGAGGACUGCAGGCUUUACUUCUGUAGCAGGAUGAUGGAGGACAACAUGGUCUCUGUGGACACUUUCCGUCUCAUCUCAGAUGUUCCCGUGACUCCAGAUGUUCCUGUGACUCUGACCACAGAGUCAGACCAUCACAGCUGGUCCAGCAACACAGAAACCUGCUGGUCUGAACCUGUUCUGCUGAGCUCGUUCAGUCUGAACGCCGUCCUGCUUUUCAUCAUCAUGGGUUUCCUUUGUGUGAAUCUGAGGAUGAAGAGCAGCCGCUGCAGGAUGAAGAACCCUCCAGAUUUCAGCCCUGAGAACCCAGAGAUGCUGGAGAACCUGCAGUGUGAGGAGAUCCACCUGCUCUCAUCUCCAGCUCUCUCCACAUGUGUUUACUACCAAGCUCAGCAUCCUUUACCUGGAUGCAGACAGACACACCUGGACAGGUGGGUGCCGGCUGAAGAAUAUGGAAGUUCUGGAGAGAAAACGGCUUCAUGAAGGAUUCCUGCUCCACCUUCUGUCAGAGGAUUUGGGUUUUAGUUGUUUUUAAGGGUGAAUUAAUAAAACCCAGAUACUUGAUGAGCAUUCAUUGAAUUAUCUUUAAGAUGUAUUUCAGAGAGUUAUGUUUCUUGGAUGGACUCUAAAAUGUGAACGGAUGGGACAUGAACUUCAGUUUUUAACCAAACUGGUGUGAGACCAGUUUGUACUGGUUUAGGGUUAAAGAAGACUUUGUUUGUAAGGAGCAGUGAGCUGGUUUCUUUACAUUAAAAAUCAUGUUUGAUGGUGUUUUUUUUUCACUUGAUUUUCCUUAGUAAUGUAUUUGUUUUAGACAUUGAGACACGCUGACUACAUGCAUGUUAAGUUAAAAACGAGAUCAUGUUGAACAUCAUGGUGGACGACAGCCUAUAAAGAACCACAUUUUUAUCCACCACAACCCCUUCCUUCCAGAGGGGCUGCAUUGCAUAUACCUGAAGUUAAACUGGCUCAGUGUCCUGGUUUUUCUUGUUGGCCCCUCCUCUCCUGCUCAUCUGAUUACCUGCCCGCCCUCAUAUGUUUCACCGGAGUCUCAUUAGUUUCCCUCAUGUAUGUGUAUAUAAGUUCCUCU